CUACACUGUGUAUGGAUUGAUAUAUAUUAAAGUACAUACGCAACGAAUUCGCUGGUUCAAGGGAUACCCUCGUCAGUGGAACAGUGCUCCAUCGGACCACCUUUCCCACACAUCAAGCGAUGAAUGUCCAUCGGGUGUGAAAUCCACAGAGUCUUAUUUCAACAUCUACCCUAGUCCAUGUCCAUCUUGCGUGAGGGAGUUGCGUUACAAUGCCCCUUCUAGCCUAGUGACUCUCUCGCCUGUCUGGCCGUGCGUGCAUGCAGCGACACAUCAAACUUUUUCGUCGACGCUACAUCUCUCUCGUGUGAGUAACAUCUACAUGCGAGCGCAGUGGCGUCCGUUUGCCUUCAGACAUGCAAUAUUAACACCCUUACCCACUUGACCUCUCCUCCGCCGGCGUGUAACUAGCGGGAUAUGUUUACUAUCUACACGCAAACUUGUAGUAGGCUCUCCACUCGCUAAACUCUCUACCCCGCCAUUCGGCGAUCGCUAUGAACCCUCACCUCGUGGGGUCUGUUUACUUCAACGAUGGUCGACUGGUACUCAAAGCCCAUCCGGGCUAUGAGCAUCUCUUCCCCCCAGGCUCUGAGACCGUACCUGAGCGGCCACCGACUCCAAGUCUUUCUCCCCUGCCCAUCGAGAGUGGGCCAAAGCCAGAUGAAGCCACCGGUUCAUCUGAGUAUAUCUGGGCAAACACGGGAAAGAGAACAUACCCGGAGACAGAGACGGAAGAGCCGAUUUCCAAGAGGCACUACACCGAGAAAAUGCAACGCCAUCAAUUUCGAGUUGGUGAUACGAACAAAUUGAAGGAGUUCUAUUACAUCCGUCUCAACGAGGUGGGCAUCAUCGCACUGCGGCGCAUUGUCACAGAGUGGAUCAGAAUCCUCGAGCCUACACGUCUGCGUGACUAUGGCCCGUACCACAAACUCGACCAGUACCGUCGAAAUCCCAGUCUGCUUACGGCGGAGUCCAAAGAUCGGGAGUGUGAGCCGCCGUGGUGGCCACGAGACGUGCCUUACGUGGAGCCGGCUCAUUUACCUGCAAAGGGCUUGGAAACCCUUGGGGUAUCACUAAUGCUGCUCCAAGUUUCGACCGAUAAGAAGUAUCAGAGAUAUCAUACCGAAGAGGACUUGAUAUCGAAGCUCCAUCAUGCUGCGAAUUACGUUGUCGCAUGUGUCCCCGUUCAAAAAUACGCCAUGGGAAGCGACGCACGAAACGCAUAUCUGAAAGAACGAGCGUUACAAAUUGUAUUACCCGAUCUCUUGAAGGCGACACAAACAUUCAGGGAGCACUACACCCAAGUAAACAACAGCGAAACAAUGUCAGAUAAGGUGAUUACGUACGAGGCGUUGCGGAAACCGGCGAGGAAAAGAGAGGGAAAGAAAGUCAAGCAACUGAUGUCGGUCCACAGUAUCUUGAAUAUUCCUUCGGAAUCAGUAUCUUGA